AUGAGUGAUACACCAGAGAGGGGUGGCGGAGCGGAAACCAGCGGGACAAAUAAUUGGAUGGAAGGUCCGGAUCCCCCAGAAAAUCCAAACACCCGACCGGCAAAAAAGCAACCAAAGGGUAAGGCGAGAGCGAAAUCUGUUGGCCCGAUACAAAUAAAACCCCUCACUCGCCAACAAGAGCAAAUCAAGGUGGCGCAAGAGAAAGAGGCUGAUGCUCAAGCUAGACUGCUGGAAGAGAGGGGGGCAAAUGAGAGGGCAGCAAGGAGGAUUCAGGAGCUAGAGAAGAUGCUGAAAGAGAGAGAUGAAUCAGAAGGAGGUGGGGACAAAAAGGGAGAAGAUGAAGAAGGAGGUAAUGAAGAUGGGUGGGGAGCGUUAGAAGGUGAUGGAGAUGGUACUCAACAGCAUCAAAGGAAUGACAGAGUGUGGGGUGGCGUAGUAAUCAAAGAGCGUCCUAGAACCAGUCAAGGUACGACAUUCCCCCCUAACCCUCCCGUUCCCUUCUAUCCCUCUUCAUUCCUCUCUGCGUACCAAAUUCAAAUCACUUUUGGAAUACUUCCAUCAGUGGAAAUGCCUCUCAUUUGGGAGAUGAAUCUAAAAAGGGGUCAAUGGGACUGGGAGUUAAUAAAUCCUCCAAAAGGAAUGCCUCUGCAGAGAUGA